AUGAGUGGACAAAAAAAAACUGAUCUGGAGAGAAGUGAAAUGGAGAGGAACAUAAAUGGACAAAAAGCCAAAGACACACGAUGCAUAGAAAUGUACAAGAUGUGUGAAAAGGCAGACCGAAUGGUAAAAGAUAGGCAUGCGUAUUUAACAUCAGAAGAGGAAAACAUUUCUAAACAUUUACAAGAAAUGGAAAAUGAACAGUCCAGAAAAAACGCUGAUCUAGAAGAAGAGCAAAAACUUGCCCAGGCUAUGGAGAAUUUAAAACAUCAAGAAUUGGUCGACAUGAAAAACAAUCAGUUACUCCAUACAAAUUCCCACGAUAUUAGACGUACCGAGAAGCAGUUACAAAACGAUUUAUUAAAAAAUGAAUUGAUUUCUCAAAUAAAAGAGAAAAAAGAUAAACAAACAGAAGAGAAAUUUAGAAAGUAUUGUUCUGAUUUAAAAAUUAUAGAAGCUGACCACGAAAAAAAAAAUAAAGAUAUAGAUUUACAAAAUCGGAAAAAACAAUCAAAGUAUGAUUAUAAAAAAGCGAUUACUGAUCAAAUACGAGAUACUGCUGAUAAACGAUUAGAGUCAUCAAAACUAAAUUCUAAACAUUUUCAACCUAUUGGAAAUUUGAUUGAGUCAAGGGAACGUUUUGAAACGAAAUGUAAUAAUGAAAAUAUUGAAUUAAAAACUAAAAACGAGACGAUGGAAAACGAACAUAAAGAAUCCGAUAAAUUAAAAAAUCAAAUAGAAGAGUAUUUGACCAUUAUAGAUACGCGAACAAAACAGCAAGAAGAGCUUAAAAACAAAAAAAAAGAAGAAAAGGAAAGAAUCUAUCAACAUAUAGUCGAAAAAAUGAAUUCGUUAGAUGAGACAAGUUCUUCGGAACAAAGAUUAAUGUACUCGGCUUAUGAACAAGAACAAAAAUUAAUUGCUGAUCAACUAGUGAAGGAAAAGGAGAAAGAAUCGAUAAAACUACAGAAAAAUGAGAUAUUAAAACAAAAUGAAUUGCAAUUAAAAGUUAAGAACGACCGGAAAAAGGAAUAUAAAGAACAGGAUUUCGUGGAAUCCAAAAAGAUUUUGCAAAAUAUUCAAGACAUCAAUGAGAAAGAGCUGAAAAAAAACAUCGAACGGCGACAGAUGAUGAUGGAAUACGGAAAUGAGUUGAAAGUAGCGAUUGACAAAAGGGCCGAUCUCAGAAACGAAUUGAAAACGAAACUGAAGAAUGACGACAAUACUUAUAAAUCUUUUUUCAGUUAUUAG